AAAUUUGUAUAUUAUGUGUUUUCUCCCGGGCUUUUUGAUUGAUUUUUCACCCCAUUAAUGCAGGAGCUCAAUCAACGACAAUAUUUUUCACAAACAACUGCCCAUACACGACAUGGCCAGCAACCCUAACCGGCGGCGGCGCACCACAGCUCUCCACCACCGGCUUCGAGCUCCCUUCCGGCCAAUCCUCCACCCUCGAGGUCCCUCCCAACUGGACCAGCGGCCGAAUGUGGGGAAGGACCGGGUGCACCACCAACUCCACCACCGGCAAAUUUUCCUGCAUCACCGGCGACUGCGCCUCCAGCCAGAUCGAGUGCAACGGCGCGGGAGCCAUCCCUCCCGCAACCCUCAUCGAGUUCACCCUCAACGGCAGCGGCGGGCUCGACUUCUAUGACGUCAGCCUCGUCGACGGGUUCAACCUGCCCGUCUCGGUCCAGCCGCUAGGGAGCCACAGCUGUAACGCCACGAGCUGCGCGGCCAACGUGAAUGAGGCAUGCCCGCCGGAGCUUGCCGCGACGGGGACAGACGGGAGCGUGAUGGGGUGCAGGAGCGCGUGCUUGGCGCUGAACCAGCCGCAGUACUGCUGCAGUGGGGAUUUUAACACGCCGGAGAAGUGCCCGCCGACGGGGUACUCGAAGUUGUUUAAGGAUCGGUGCCCUCAGGCUUAUAGCUAUGCUUAUGAUGAUGGGACCAGCACGUUCACGUGUCCUACCGGCGACAAUUACUUGGUCACGUUUUGUCCUUGAUUAAUUGAAGACGGUGUUUUUGUUUUUAGCGGUAGGAGAGUUUAACGUGUCCAUAACACGUAAUUUUGUAGUCAUGUUUGAACAUUAGGCCAAUUUUUGAGCUUGUUGCGGCCGUACCCGUAGGGUUUAUACAUUCCUUUGUAAUCUUUGAUUAAGGGGGAAUUAUGAUUCUUUGUUUGGAAAGGUUACGUUAAUUACAUCUUAUAUUCGAAAUAUAUUAAUCAAAUGCAGCUUUUAAAGUUGCAUUAUUUAAUACACUUUAACCUAAUAU